CAACAUUUUCCGUCACUGAAACCUCAACUUCUUUAAGUCGAUCCUGGAAAAGAACUCUUUAUCUGCAGUGACUUCAUAGUGACAACUCACUAUAGACCACCAAACACCUUCUCUUUUCUCUGUGAGAACGUUCCAACGCCAAUGACGUACCACUCCAUUUUUCCAUGAUCUCACAUCGAUCCAAUAGUAAAAGACGUUUCCAUCAGGACCAAGCCUGACACCCCUCACAGACUAGCAUCUUAGCUAAGCCUAAGGCCCAGAGGACAGAUGUACUGACACCCUGCGUCUCAAUGAUUUCAAUGAAACGUGUUGUCACAGAGGUCCAGACCACCCACUCCUGAGGGGGAACACUGAGGUGACAGACAUGCCCAUGUGACUGCUCUGCCGCAGGCCUCCCAAUAACACCACCCCUGCAGCCAUGCUGACACCUCAGACGCUCACCUUUCUGUGAGAAUGAAUGAAAUAAAAGGCAGCAGCCUAAAAAAAAGAAUGUAAAGAAAACCCGAACACGCAUUAAAACUGGAAGUCCUUGGGUGUAAGAGGCUUUUUUUGUGUAAUGGAACUCUAUCGGAGACACAACAUGAUCAGGAAGUCCACCACUUUAUCACGUGUUACGGGCAAAAUGAACCCUGUACCUUCCUUAUGCUCCUGAACGCUCUGCUUUCAGGAGGAUGUAUGGCCUUCGCAGGAGACCACCGUGGAGAUGGUCGCCGUGUCUGCUCUCGAUCAUCUGUGUGUGGCUCCUCAUGUCCCCUCCACCCACAGCAGUCGGGUACUUCUUGGGCGACACCAAAGCGGUGUUGAACGGCUGCAAUGACCACUGGACCCUGCAGGACCGGGCGUCCAUGCCGCUGCUCUACCACAUGACUGUGUGCGUGGACGUCCGCGUGGUCAUCCCCGGACCCUGGGUGGCCUUCUCCUACAGCUCGGUCCACGCACCCAAACCGGAACUAGGCCUGGAAGGAGACAGCCAAGCGCUGUACGGAUGGCUGCUGAGAGUCCGACACCGAUUCCCAGUGAGCCUGUCUCCCUUCCAGUGGCACCGGGUGUGUCUGAAGAGAGACGUGCGCGGCAACACCUUCAGCCUGCAGGUGGAUGAGGUCCUGGUCGCCAAGAGGACGGUCAUCGCUCAGGCCAUCCCUCCCUCUGGCUCGCUGUGGCUCGGCUGUCGUCCCAGAGACAAAGUUCGCGGCGCCGUGCGGGGGAAAGUGGAGGUCUACAUGUUCCGAAUGUGGCCCGACCUGAACGACCACGGGCUGUGCGAGGAUGGCUCUGUGAUCCGCUGGAACGCCAACUACUGGGGCCUCACGAGCCCCCGGGCUCGGGAAACGGAUCCCCAACUCAUGUGUGACCACAGGAGGCUGAAACGAGACGUCCGUGCUAAAAGAAGCGCCACUGCAUUUCCGACUGGAUUCAGACGACUAUUUUCCCCUCCACCAAUGCCCCACACCACGACUACUACAGGUCCUGUCAUGAGAGCAUUGGGCGCAGCUUCCACAGCCAGCAGUAGAACAAUCCCAAGCAGCCUCCCGACCACGGCUCUGACCAGAUCAACAAACACAGCGCGACGCCUGGAUUCAGUCCCCACACCCCUCAGAACCACCUCCCUGGCCUCCACGCUCAGCAGCAGGGCUUUGAUCUCAGCCACCCCGGCCUUCACGGCCAGCUCCUCUGAUGUCAGCACAUAUUCUCCAGCAAGUCAGACCGCAGCCGCGGCGCCCCGCUCGAUCACAACACUGUCUGCCACGUUGGCCACGCCCACCGACAGCCGCACGUCAGCCGCACCACUCUCUGACUGCGACUUCAGCCAGCUGUGCUCCGGCGAGAAUGCUUAUUUUUGGAUGUCAAUCAACGUCAGCUCUCAAGAAGACGGAACAACUGAGCAACAAGUCCUCGACAUGGUGUCCGGGGCCUUCAGGUGUGAUGAGGAAACGUCUGCUGCUUCAGAGCUCUGUGCUCGAAACAUUCAGCCUCAGGUGUCAGCGCUGAACUGCAACCACACGGCCAACAUCAGUGGAACCAACUGUAACGUGCUGCUGGAGCUCAGCCGCCUGGUGUCCACGUGUGAGCUGCGGCGGUUGGCGGCGUCUGCGCUCCAGCGGGCAGGAAGUGAGGGGGUACGAGUGAGGAUUGUCGGAGAGGUGGAGCGAGUCGGUCGGAGUCAAUGUGAAGGCGCGGCGUCCUCUAGUGGCAGGUUUGUGAGGUGCACGUCUUCGUCUUCCCUGGAGGAGGUUUGUCAGGCGAACCUCAACAGCAGCCUCUCCUGCUCUCUUUUUGAUCCACACUCGAUCACUGAGUCCACAACAGAUACAGAGUCCUGCAGCAGUGAAGCACCUCAGCUCUGUGACUGCUCAGCCUUCUGCAACUCCACCAAUCAGUUGUACGCCACAAGACUGGGGAUCAGCAGCGCCGCCGUGACCCUCGAUCUCCUUCAAACUCUGCUCUCAUCUCGUCCAUGUGACACAGCAGCCGAAUGCCAACGCUAUCUCAGCAUUUAUCAGUUCUACCAGGAUGUUCAUCUGCAAUGCCACGGAACAGAAGACAGGCUGUACAGCUGCAUGGUCAUCAUGGAGACGUCCAGAGCAGUGGAUGGUUGCCUCCUCAGUGAACUGGUGCAGCGACUCGUUGACACUCAGGAGAACAUAACAACGGAGCUUCCGCUCACACAAAUGGUGAUCUGUGGUUCUUCUGAGUCGACUGUGGGCGACUUGUUGGCUUCCAAUUUGACCUGGUCUGCCAGUGACCAGCUGGUCUCUGACAUCUGCCUCCCUGAACCCACACUGUUUCACUGCAACGCCAAUCAAAGUGUGGCUGUGCUUCUGAGUCAGAACUGCUCUUCCUUUCCUGAAACUCCAAGCACGACGACUCCUUCAACCAUGUCCGAACCCACAACCACAGGAGCGCCCCGAAGCUCAACUGCUGAUGACAAAACGCCAGGCACAACAAAUACACCUGAAUUUCAAACUUACACCACAAUUAUAACCAUCACGAGCAACAUAACAGACUCAGCGUCUGCAACCAAAACAUCCACGUCAUCUGCAAACACAACAACUUUGAACAACGCAGAGGCGACGAGAACAUUCACACAGACACAAAAUCACACGACAACAAACCUAACAACAGAAGACACAAUGUGGCCGACUGUUAACAUCAUCGAUAACGCCACAACAGAAAUGAACGCGGCAUCAUCUGCAACUAGCACAACAACGAAUAGCCCAGCUACAACAACCUUCGCUACAUCGUCUGCCCCUAUCUCAACAGUAUGGGUCACAACCGAAGGUCCUGAGACCACCCCAAUGUUUGCUACAGCUACAGCUCCUUAUACGACUUUGGCAAUGAGUACUGAGCCGAUAUCUGGUCCACCUGCUUCUACUACUUUUGCUACCAGUACUGCUGCGACAACAUCUACUACAACUGCAGAUUCAACCUUUGAUUCAGCUACUGCUGCGGAUUUCACUACUCCCUCCACAACAUUUGGAUUCGAGACUUUCAACAUAGUGGCUACUGAAACUACAGCUAGCUAUGAUGAUGCUACAAAUAAUGCAACAAGCUACACCUCAAUGAUGAUCACCGAUAUCACAAAUGAAACUCCCGCCAUUACAAUCACAGAAACAAUUUACACUUACACGACAAUAGAAGACACAACACAGACAACCGUCAGUGAAACCGAAACUCAAACAUUUUUCACGUUUCUUGACAACACAACAGAUCACACUUCGAUCCUCACCACACCUUCGCAUACAACAUCAGCGAGCGUGUCUACGACUGUAAACAAUGUAGCACUUCAAACAAUUACACUCACUCCAAGCAACACAACUUACAACGUAACUAGCUUCCCCACAGUUACAGCCAAUCUCAGUAGCACGACGCUAACUUAUAACACGGCAACCAGUUCACCUGUAAACACAACACUGUUUAAUGCAACAGCAACAACAAAUCAAACAGCAGUAGGAAGCACAACUGUAGCUAACGACAACAGGUCUUUGCUCAAUCGGACAAGCAGCAACGUAACAACGAGUUCUCCGACAACAACUCAGACACCAGGCUUCGAUUCAACCACAGCCUUCAAUAACCUCACAGCAGUCGAAGCAACAACAUCCGCCAGUGUCGCUGCAGCCAUGCCCAACAACCAAACACUGCAGAACACAACUGCGUUUUUCAAUAACAUGACAACCGCAACACAAUCCAAUGAGACUGUACAUACAGCACGCACAACGGACGUUCCUCUGACACACAGUACUGCAGGUGUGGGCCAUAACACUACCACCAACAUCAACACAAACUUUGCCACAAAUGUCAAUACAAACAUUACAUCAAACAUUAAGACAACUGCAACCUCAGCACCCAACCUCACUGUGAACACAAUCAGAAGCACACAAAACACGACGGUGGACGGGAGCCUGGCGCCUAAUUCGACUGCAGCCAGCCGGACUACAGCUGAUAGAGUUGGACCACCAGUCCAGGCCACAACUGCCAUCAACAGCAGGAGCACAGCAGGCUCUCGGACCAAUGUCACAACAGUGUCAGCGACACAAACCCAAAACCAGGCGUCUGCAGAGCAACAAGUAGACGAGCUGCUGAGUCAAACACAGGACGCCUCGCGCCUCAACUCCUCUCAGAUUGACAUGGUGGUCGGGCAACUGGAGAAGAUCCUGGAAGCAGAGUCUAUUUCUAUAGAAUCGGGACAGAAGGCGAUCAACGUCAUCAGCAACCUGAUGCAGGCAGACCCCGCAGUUCUCGCUCCAUCGGCCAACCGGAUCAUCAAAGUGGUGGACAAAGUGGGGGAGAAGCUGUCAGUGGAGGACAGUAGCGAGCUCCUCUCUUCUGAGUUGCUGGUUCAGCUGGUGAUGCCGGUCGAUGGAACCAAUUUUCAGGCGACCUCUGUCGAUAUCAUCAGCACCAGUAAUGUUCAGACCACAGCUCUCAGCAGAUCCCUCUCCAAAACCUCCGACCCACCUGCAGGGUCCGUGUUUCUGCCCUCGUCCCUCACCGAUGGUCUCAGUACUGAGCAGCAGUUGCAGGCCAGCAGGGUCCAGUUCACGUUCUACACCAAUCCCAUUCUCUUCCAGGACCAGACACUGAACAACCAGACUGAGGUCAGUCCAGUUCUGGCCUCCAGCGUUUCCAACUUGUCCAUCAGCAACUUGAAGGAGGACAUCCGCUUCACUAUCCGACAUACUGAACCCCAACAAGCAAACUUUGAGGCUUCCUGUGUGUUCUGGGACUUCAGUCUUCACGGAGGUUCUGGAGGUUGGAGUUCUGACGGCUGCUCUGUGCUCAACAGUUCGGCCGAAGAGACCAUCUGCGGCUGCAGCCACCUCACAUCCUUCGCCAUCCUGCUGGAUUUGUCCCGGGGUGGAAUCACUGACCGACUGCAGUCUCAGAUCCUCACCUUCAUCACCUACAUAGGCUGCGGGAUCUCCGCCAUCUUUCUGGCCGUCACCCUGCUGACUUACCUCUCGUUUGAUAAGCUGCUGCGUGACAUCCCUGCCAAGAUCCUGGUGCAGCUCUGCACGGCCCUCUUCUUCCUCAACAUGGUUUACCUGCUGGACGGCUGGCUGGCCCUCUACACGGCGCCAGGCUUGUGCACCAGCACCGGCUUCUUCCUGCACUACUUCCUGUUGUCAGCCUUCACCUGGACCGGGCUGGAGGCGCUGCACAUGUACCUGAGCAUCGUCCAGGUGUUCACCCCGUACCUCAGCAGAUACAUGCUCAAGUUCUCACUCAUGGGCUGGGGCUUCCCUGUGGUUGUGGUCGUCAUUAUCAUCGCCGUGGACAAAGACAACUAUGGCCUGGUCACAUAUGGGCGGUUCAACGAUGGGACAACGAAUGACUUCUGCUGGCUUAGAAACGACAUUGCCUUCUACGUGGGCGUCGUCGCCUACUUCCUCCUCAUCUUCGUUCUGUGCGUCAUCGUCUUCAUUGUGGUGAUGGUCCAACUGUCCCGGAUCAAGAGGCAGAACCCCCAGAACCAGUCGCCCAACAGAGGCGUGAUGGCCGACGUGCGCAGCAUCGCCGGACUCAUCGUGCUGCUGGGCCUGACAUGGGGCUUCGCCCUCUUCGCCUGGGGGCCGCUCUACCUGCCCUUUGUCUACCUCUUCUCCAUCUUUAACUCGCUGCAAGGUUUCUUUAUCUUCAUAUUCCACUGUGCGUAUAAGGAAAACGUCCGCAGACAGUGGAGGACGUACCUGUGCUGCGGACGCCUGCGAUUGGCUGAAAAUUCAGACUGGAGCCGAACCGCCACUCAGAACACGCGACAUUUAUCCAGCGGCACGGCGACCACGUCCCUCAACCACCUGACUUCACGCAGCUCCUCGGUCACCAGCGACAGCAUCAACAGCAGCGGAUCGGUGUUUGUCGACAGCGGCAUUUCAGACACUUCGCACAGCGACGUUGUCCUCAAUGAGAUUCACAGACGAAACCUCACGCACCAAUUUCAAGUCUGAGAAGACCGGUCAUGACGAAGGGUGAUUUUAAAACGCACAGCAGCUGAGGCUGAACCAAGUCCACCAGCAUGGAACAAACGUGUCAGAUCCGGUGACAAAUGUAGAAUUUAUUACUGAAGAAAGCACUUAUUCCUGCUCUGACUGAAGAUUUUUACUUUUUUUACUCAAUGUUUUUUGUGUCUCCGGAUUUGGUCCUAUUUUAUAAAGUCGGUUAAACAAGCAUGGCUUCUUUAAUAAGAGAUUUAAUUUCAGAUAAUAUCAGUAUUCUUCUAGUGCAUGUGAAAGUGAAGAUGUGGAAGGUGAAUGUAAAGAUUUUGAUUCCAAGGAUGUAAUA